AACAUGGCUACAACAACGAAUCAAUGUCGAUGCCGAUGACAACACUUAGGUUUAUUUUGGACGAUGGUCAUGCAAGCGAUUAUGAUAUAUAAUGAACUUAGGCGUCGUGCACGACAUCUUCCAAGAGCUCCUCAUACAAAUUGGAAUUCUGAAAGAGAAAUAACACUUACACGAAUGUUUGGCACGAGUGAUACAAUAUGUCGUGAUCUACUUAGGAUGAAAAUAGGUCCAUUUCAAAGAUUAUGUGCUCGUUUGCGAACUUAUGGAUUGGUUGACAGUAAAUACGUUCAAAUUGAGGAACAAGUCGCAAUUUUUUUGAAUACAGUCGGCCAUGACCAACGUAAUUGCGCUGGACGUUUUACUUUCUUUCGAUCUGGUCAAACAGUGAGCUUUUACUUUCACAAAGUCUUACAUGCUUGUCUUGGACUGUAUAGAGAUGUUGUGAUUAAUGCCACUCCUCAUAACUCGCCAUACGAAAAAGAAAAUGUCCAGCCAUGGUACUCCUUUUUUCAGGAUGCCGUGGGAGCAAUCGAUGGUACACAUAUUGCUGCGUAUGUGCCUUUAGAGGAGCAAGGUAAAUAUCGCAAUAGAAAGCAAGUGAUUUCCCAAAAUGUUUUAGUAGCUUGCACAUUUGAUAUGAAAUUUACGUACGUGCUUGCCGGUUGGGAGGGAUCCGUACAUGAUGGUCGAUUGUUACGAAGUGCAAUAUUACGCUAAGGACAUAAGCUAACAAUUCCUGUUGGUAAGUUGUGUCACUAUUUUGAAAACAUUUCUUCCACACAUAAGUUAUAAUAAUUACCUAAUGACCAUCUUAUGAACGACUCUUUCGUAGGCAAAUAUUAUCUUGUUGACGCUGGCUUCCCAUCGGUUUCGGGUUUUCUUGCACCAUACCGUAGGACUCGUUAUCAUCGUAGAGAUAUUGAAGGUCAACGUCCUGAAAGUAGUAAGGAGUUGUUCAAUUUUCGACAUUCAUCUCUACGUAAUGUUAUUGAGCGUACAAUUGGUUUGCUGAAAAAAAGAUUUGCAUAUUUGAGAAUGUGAGGGCGUGAUUGAAAACUCUGAAAAAAGAAUAUGUUGAAGUUCGUCAGUUGUUAAGUAUGAGUGGUUUUGGGUUAGAUCCUCACACUGGACGUGUCACAGCUGAUGUACUAGCUUGGGAGUAGUUGUUAAAGGGCAAACCAGAAUUUGGAAAGUGGAGGACCAAACUUUG